UUAGUAACCGAUACCUCCGCAUUCAGUUCAUCCGCUUCAGUAGUGAUUCCAGGGCAAGUUACGGGGCUGCGUACUGUACACUCCACCGAUCCUCAAGUAGCCGUUUCUUCCUUUUAGCGAGUUGGCCGUUCAUUCUUCCUUUCAAUGAGUUUCUUUGGGUUUGACACGGCAUUGCCACCGGAUCCCUCUGGCGCAGCUGCGACGGACGAUCAGCUCGAGCUCGAUGACACGCACAACGACGAGACGUUCGGUGGUUCCAUUGAGAUUGGUACCGACUGGGAAAUGUCCAACGACCAGCUGGCAGCCAUUCAGGCCGAGUUUAUGCGUGGUUCGACGGCAGCUCCCGCUUCGACGCUCCCUCCCCUUGCUUCUGGUCUUCCCGAACCGUCGCACGAUCUCGCUGCUCCUGGCGAAUCUUGGGCUGCUGCUGCUGAUAUCGAUGUUGCAGCACCCAUGGCUCAGCUUCGUAUCGAGAAUAAGCCCCCAUCCAGUGGAGCCGCGCCCCUCUCCUUCUCGACUACCUAUGGCAGCGAGUAUGGCGGUGCAGCCGUGUGGGGAGAUCCGCAACUGAGCAGCAUUUGGGGAGCACCAGCUGUUGCAAAGCCUGCGAACAAGAUGGUGUCGGUGGCCGAGCUGGAGCAGCAGCCGUCUCAGCAACCUCAGCCGCGCAUGUUCUCUCUGGCGGAAAUCGAGCAGCAACAGCAACAAACCCCCCAGCAGCAGUUCCAGCUUCCGUAUGGCGCGGUACCGCCUGGAUUUCCCGUGCAGCCUGGACAUCAAGGUCUGCUGCCGCAAUCCUUCCCCGGCGCGCCAAUGCCCAUGUACGGAUUGCCGCCUGGCAUGCCACUGCCACCAGGUUUCAACAUCAUGCAACAGCAACAGCAGCAACAGCCGCAGCAGCAACAAUCGACGGCCAUUCCCGAACCCUACGCGCAGUACUCGUCACUUGUUGCAAGCGGCUUUUUGAACAGCGCUUCCUUCCACCAGCCACUCGACACCAACGCAAACGAGCCGGGCAUGAUCCGAGACCAGCGCGGCAAUCGUCGUCGCUUCCAGCUCAUGUCGCGUUCGGACAAGGAGUUUGUCAUUCGCGUUCAAUUGACCACCCUGCAGACAGACAACCCGUUUGUUGAUGACUACUAUUACCAAAGCUACAUGCAGCGCAAGCACCACAAGGAAGCAAUGGCUCCCCGCUUGGUGCUGCCCCAGCAGUCGGCGGCUCAACAGCAGCAACGCCAGGCCUACUUGCAGCAUUUGCAGGCUCGCAAGGCCGCGCCCGUGACUGGUUUCGAGAAUGUUCUCGGCAAGUUGCUUGUCGGAUCCAUCCACAAUCCUCGUCAAAUGAUUAGCGUUGCCAGCUCGGACAAGUCGGGAGCCAACGAGAGCGAAGACAAGAUUGUCAGCCGCCGCCGCAAAAUCCUUCGCUUUAUUGAAGCUGCAUACCAGACCAUGAUUGACAUUGAGGACAUUCAGAAGCAGGCUGCUGCAUGCGGACCACAAGAGCGCCAACCGUUCUUUGUCAAGCGAGCAGCCUUGGUCAAUGAUCUGUUUGCCGACCUUGCCUUGCCCGAGAGCACCGCGGCCAGCGAAGACGCGGCCUUUUACGAUCUGCUCUCGGUUCCGAAGGGCCUCAAGCUCGUCCGUCGUUUGCUCCCUCUGUUCUCUGAGAGUCAGGGGUUUGCUGUCGUGAGCGCAAUUCUGCACCGUAUCGAGGCUUACUCGGCCGGUCGCACUGGUUUGUCGGGCACCGAUCCCGUCGAGAUCCACAGUCUCCUCAUGUCGCACGUUGUCCCGCCCGUCGUUCGAGUGAUUGAGCUCUUCUCCGCCGCUCGCGUUCUGGCCUGCACCGACAUUGCGCUUUCCGUCUUGACACCAGAGAAUGCGUCCACAAUUGUUGGUGGCUCGCUGGGUGUUACCAUUGUCUAUGCCUUCUUGCGCCGAAUGGACCAUCUGCUUUCCGAUCCCAACAGCACAACCCGGGCUCAACAAGACAAAUGGGUUGGUUUUGUUGAAAAGCUGGUUGGUCUCCUCCAGGGUCAGUUUGCCCAUGUGGUGAGCCUGUGCCUCAACCAUCGCAGCUUGUGGGUGUUUGCCAUGCUCUCGAUUCUGCUCAAGUACGCUUCAGCGUCCAGCAAAGCAUCGAUCAAGCAAGAGCUCGAGCCAACCUUUGCCACCCUGCCAGACGGCCUGCAAACCUCCCCCGCUGUGAAAAUGUUGCAGCAGCAGCUCAACUAAGCCAAGAAUCCGUGGAAUGCUCGUGCGCCAAAGUAAACAAGACAACAAGCGAACAAACCAACAAAUAAACAACAAAUUCCCAGCCAAAAA